GCCUGUGCGCGUGACACCAUUGCCAUCCUGCUGUGUCCACGGGAGGAUGAAGAUGACGACUGCAGCGGACAUGACGGGGUUGCGCCUCUUCAUCUUCAUCACGCUGAUCGUGUUCCAGCCGUCUUUCACGAUGACUUCGCCACAUCCUCAGGACCAACAUCCAAGACCACUUCAGGACUUAGUCUCACUCAGAUCCCAGCUGGUCCAAAGGAGUCCAGAACAGAUCCAGCAGAAAUCUGGGACCAAGAUGGACGGCCGGCAGGAUCCACUGGACCCAGAGGGGAACUGGACACGUCCAUCUGACCUUAAGACCCCCCAAGUAGUCGCCACCGAGGAAUCUUCCAUGGAGGCUUCUGGCGUCUUUGGAUUGGACGCAGAUGAGCGAGAUGGAGGUGAGGAGGGCGGAUUGGCCCGAGACAGAAGAGACGAGUGGACGGACCUCCAUCCUAUCUUCAAGAGGACAAGUGCUACACUGGACCUGGACACCAUGAUUGGCUACAGUCCCUCCUCACCCGCCCUCGAUGCUGGGCCUCGGCAGCACCGUGAGCAGUUAUGGGAGGCAGAUUCUCACUCCAGCGGUUUUGGUGCCCUCCGCACCUCCACGGCUUCUGGCAUCGUCACGGCAACGCCUCCCCCCGAGUCCGACACAGGCACAGAUUUUGGACUAUUGGGGGUCAAAGGCGAGGACGAAAGACGCCUCAACGUCCCCGUGGACCGUGUCGACAAAGACGAAGACGGCAGGAAGCAGACCAGGAGACCUCCCACCCAUGUUUCACCCAGCGGACACUUGGCUGAGGCCACCUGGGACUGGCUGGCCACGCCCCCUCAGCAAGCACAGGUAACAUGUGUGGACUGGACGCAACCUGCUGGACACGGCUACGUCAUCCUCAACAUGACGCACAACCUCAACUGUGAGGAGUUCCGUGUGGAUGGCGGUGUGCUCCUGCUGAAGACGAUGGAGCGCCUGUUUGCCCGCAGGAUGAAGAGCCCAGAGGGAUCAUGGCGACUUUACCUGAGCAAGCCGACACACCAACAACGGCAGAUGCUCAUGCACGUGGCAUCUGAGCAAGGAGUGAUCCCCACCAAAGACCUUCUGAGCAUGCUGACAGAAAUGAGGAUAAGUUUGAACAAGGUGGGCGUCCAGGGCUACGGCAAGCCCAGCCCAUGUCCGCCUCGGCCGAGUCAGACGCGCAGCGACUACAGCAAACUCUUUGUGGUCCUGGUCAUCAUCGGCUCGGUCUGCAUGGUCAUCAUCGCGUCAGGCUUCAUCUACAUCUGCUGGCAGAGACGCCCGCCAGUCACCAAGAGCACGUUCCGCGCCGAGGAGCUUCACUUCGUGGAGAACGGUUGCCACGACAACCCCACACUGGACGUGGCCGGCGAUAGCCGUCCUGUGACGCGGGAGAAGACCAGCGCCAACGGGCUGGCGGGUGCAGGCGAGGCGGGCGGAGACGAGAGCAGUCGCUGGCAGGAGUCAGGGCAGAGGAGCACAGAAAGUGAGAGGGGAGAGGCCUCUACUGGAAAGGUGUUUGUCAAUCAAGCAGCGGCGGAAGAGGAGGAAGAGCAGGACACACACCUCUGAUGGCAUCAUCGCAAGGACUUCAUCGCUUUGAUGUCAAAGUCGGAUGGAAAUGAAGCACUUUAACGCUACUUGUACGCCAAACAUUCAUGUAUUUCAGUGCUACCGUUAGUUUAGCACGCGGCCUUGUGCGUAUGUGUGUGUUAGCGGUGUGCUACGCUAACUCGCAGUAAUGUAUGUGAAAUAAUUAAAUACGUGUAGGAAAAUAUGAAUUUUGCGUCGACCAACCGAGAUAUGAUAUACAGUACAAGAUGGCCAUUAUUAACGAUUUUUUACAUUUUUUUUAAAUGCUGUUGUUUCGACAUGUGUACAGCAACACUAAUGGACAUUGGAGUGUUACUUUCAAAGUAUUGCUAGAAACAUAAUUUUAUAUGGGACUUUAUUGUAUUAUAUGUAUAGUACAUGUUCCGAAAAGAAAAAAGCAUAAAACACCACCAGAAUUAGAGAUAUUACAAGUCAAAGUGAUGAAGCUUAGUGUUACGCUCAUGACUUGGUGUAACUAAACAUUACCCUAUAAGAUGACGCAAUUGCAUUUUAUUGAUAUUUGAAAUGUAUUCAAUGUUUAUAAAUGAAUAUUUAAAUAUACUAAAUGUAAAAAAUGGAAUAAAUAUUCUAAAUAAGAUCAUUAAAUGAAAUCUAGUUUGGUUACGCCAUCAUGAGAGCAACACAAGGUUGUAAAAGUUUCAACUACAAUUCUAAAUAAGAUGUCAAAAGCAAACUGAAAUCAAAUACACACAGCUUAAAGAUUGAUCAAUACCUAUUUAAAUUUAGUAAUACAUAAAUAUGAUUGAUCAAAAUAUAAAAGAAAUAGAACAGAACGCUCAUGAUGGUUACACCAAAAAGUAACGCUAUGAAUCACGUUUUUCCAAGUUUUUGGGGCAUUUUUAUGCUAUUUCCAAGCAUCUCCUUUUUAUUAUCGUUGAUUUUAAAUGGUCAAACUAAUGCAUAUUAUAUAUGCAUGCCCUAGUAAACAAAAAAAAAGUCAUAUUUAUUUGGAUUGUUACAUUUUGAAGUACAUUUGUGCAGGUGGGUGCGAAUGUACCCAUUACCAGAGCUGUACACACACAUGGGAGUUGAGGCUUGAAGAAGGAUGUAAAAGGGCUUGAAGCAGAAAUGUGCAUGACAACAAAGCUAAUUAGACUACAAGCUAAUACUGGACUGCAAAUAGUCUUAUAGAGGCCUCUUCAUCCUAAAGGUCAUUGUUGUCAAUGCUGUCCAGUGUCCAAGGAGCAUGUUGCUGCAACAAAUAAACAAAAUAACGUCAAUAAUUGUUAAUUUAUUAAUUGUUUGGUAGCUUUGUCAACGCACGUCAAACAUGUAUGCAGUGUGGCUCACUUGUUUACUUGGAAUCAUUAAAAAGUGUGGAAUAAAAUAAAAUGU